UGAAAAGGGAUCCAACUGGAGUCGUGAACGUUAUUCCAGAGCAAAUAUCCAUGUCAGGAAAUUCUAUUUACUAUCAGUUUCAGUAUCGACCGACGUGUAUUACCUCAUCCAGUCCGUGUACGUUAGGAUAAAACAAACCUUCACCAAGUUAUUCUGGUAUAUGACGGUUGAAAGUCACCGAUUCCCGACAGUAGCGAUGGCGAGAUGGAUGGUACUCGCCGACAGCACGGGUAGAUAUUGCGGCUUCUCGCGAUGGAUUUUCCGGUGCAGUCGGACAUCGCGGAGUCGUAUCUGCGGACUUGCUUUUCUGAUAUCUGUGGUUUCGUUCGCUGCUACCAUUUUGUUUUUUCUGGGCGGUUUUCACGCAACUCAGACCAGGCAGGAACAUGUCUACAGUCAGGAGUUGAGACUAGCUAACGGUAGACCUACUCAACCCAUGGUGAAUACAUCCUCUUCUCAUCGUAACACAUCGAGACUUCAAGAUUCACAGCAUAUGGAGUCCAAGGAGCAUGUAAGCAUGCAUGUGGAAUCGACGAGGACACCAGCUAACUGGACAACAGCAAGGACCAAGAGAACCUUUGUUGAGAAAUACCGCCAUAAUUACAGCAACAACGCUACAGAGUUUUUCCGUCACCUCAAAGGAAUAAUAGAACAAGGCCGGGGCUGGAAACCAAGUGCGAAGAAAAAACGUGAAUUCAGGUUCGACAUUCGAAGUGAGUUGGGAAAAGCAGGGAACCUCGAUGUUUUCUCGCUGACUAAGAAUAACGUCCAAGUGGGAAAAGAGAUGCGCUUUUACAUGGCUGGCGCCACUCGCAACAUUUCUCAAGCCCUGUGGAAUCACUUGCCAAAGGAUGCGAGCUUUAGAUCAGGGCAGUUUCAGCGAUGCAGCGUGGUAGGAUCAAGCGGCAUCCUGAGAGGAUCUGGGUGUGGCAAAGAGAUCGACAGAUCGGAGAGUGUCUUCAGGUUCAACGUCGCCCCGGUGGAGGGAUUUGAGGCAGACGUUGGAAGCAAGACAAAUUUUACCACCUUGAAUCCUACCUAUGUAAGAUCCAUGUUGAAUGGGUUAAAGACGCAAGCCGACCGUUCGCAAUUCGGCGCCGUUCUUAAACAGUUCAACGGCAGCAAACUGUGGCUACCAGCGUUUGGUGUUUCGGGAUUCUUUCCUGUCAUACAGUUAACCGCUGCUGCUGCCUUCGAUUCCAAGAUGGUCCAGCCGCUACUUGGGCAUCCUGAACACUACCUCUCUGUCACCAAUCUUUGGCGAAAGAUGGCAAUGUCGUAUGCCUGGCCAACGACGGGUUUGUACUUGAUCUUAUCCCUCUUCGAUGUCUGUGAUCAAGUCAAUGUCUUCGGUUUCUGGCCGUACGAGACAGCAAUCAACGGAAGUGAGGUUCCCUACCACUACCACAAUAACAUCAAAGGAAAGAAAUCAUUACACAGUUUUGACACGGAGUUCAAGACCUUGGUAAAUUUGUUCGAACAGGGUAUCAUCAAGAUGCAUUUAGGUUCCUGUUUUUGA